GUAUCUAUCUUUCGAUCUAUUAGCAUCUUAACAUACUUAGAUUCCAACAUCCCCUUAAUUGUAAUAACUUAAUCGCGGUUUCUAUCAUCACUAUAUCUCAUCACCACACUAUAUAAUAUAAUUUGUAAUUUGAUACCUAUCAUACGUAUCUUACCUAUCUUACAGCAAAGUCCAUUACUUGCUAUUAAUUUUAAUCCUACCUCACCUCAACCCCUACAAUCAAUUCACUACAAACCUCUAAUCGGAACUCCACAAUUACGAUUUAUAAUUCUCUCAAGCAAGUUCGGACUUUCAGAGGCCGAGAAUUCAUUACUACGAUUCGAACAUUGAGCUAGCUCCAUUCUUCAAAUCACACCCAGACAUUCAAGUCUCUAAAUUCUCUGGUACAGAAUUGAACAUUGAUUAUCUCAAGGUUGUUGAACAAGAUUCAAACAUGACAAACCAAUCUUUCUUAGAAGCUGGAGAUGACGGAGCGGAGCUGCAAGGGCUCAAUUCGAAAGCCCUAGGAUAUGGUUCAAAGAAAAGAGAAUUGUUGGGUACGUCAAAUGAUACACCAAGGGCACCAAAACGGGCACGAACAACAAAUUUUGGCAGUGCCAUGCAACCUACUACUGCUACAUUAGUCGACACACAACAUUUAUUCCCUCCAUUACAGGAGCCUUAUGAAGAGGAGAAGGGGGAAGCAUCUGUGAUUGCUUUGGCUGGCAAGACUGGCGCUUUUCCAAAGGAGCCCUAUCGAAGAGAAACCUCAAAACUUAGAGAAACAAGCAUUUCACCACAAGAACUUGAUUUCUUCACAGGAGAAACUAGGGUAUCUGACCAGGAAUGUGAAGAUAUAGAAAGAGCUAUAGCCUUAUCUCUUGGCCAAGAACAAGAGUACGACCAACCCCACAGAGUAGAAAAUGCAAGCUUCGGUGUCUACAAUAUUCCAUGCGCAUUUCACGAUCUCUCCCAGGACUCUAAGAUAGAGGGAAUGACAAUAGAAGUCAGCCCAUACACCGCGAAAUUGGAAUACAAAUUUGAAGGUCGCCCCUUUGGGGAAUUUGCUGAAUUUGCGGAUGUAGAACAUGCUGAAUGGAUCAUCCAACCUGAAAACAUUACUUGGAUGAGUUACAGCCAUCCCAAAAGCAGAAACUAUAUUGUAGAACUCGUCGACAAUGGGGGUGAUGAACCAGUUCCGUUAUACAUUGAGUUCACGGGAAAAGAGGAAAUGCUUGCUCUCGUCAAAUAUUGGUGGGAAUGGAUGACGCCCGAGUACCGGAAAAACGUUACUAAGCGAAGGGCUGAGAAAGAUCGAAGAUUCCCAGUUGAGACGGAAGAUUGAAGCAGGUGAAUAUGGAGGCACGGGGAUGGUCAAUGAAGAGGAGUGAUGACUGGCAGUAUUUUGUUGUCAAUGUUGACUCUAAAGGACGGGAUGUGAACUAAUAUCCAAUAAAUUGAAUACUCA